AUUCAAGGCAAAUUUUUGUGCCCCCCCCCCUCAUAAAAGUAGUAUAUACUUUUCUUGCCCCCUCAGCAGUGUGGAUUAAAAAAUUAACAGCAAUGAAACAGGCGUGCAUUGCAGAUAAAGUUAGAUAUUAAUAGGACAAUCUGUUUAAUCUAGCUCAUGAUGUUUUACCCUCGGGUGGUGAAUAUGUAUGAUUCACGUACCAUAUAUGAUUAAAAAUAUAUAUAUAAUAUGUAUUACUAUUUUGCAAUGCAACAUUUGCAGUGGCGGAAAUUCACUUUUUCCGGUGGGAGGGGGACAAAGCCUCCUGAAUUUCCGACAAAACUCUCAAAUUUACGACAUAUCCCCCCCCUUCGCACUCGAAAAGACUGUUUUUAGCCCUCUUUUAGGUCAAAUAUUCAGAAAAUUCGUCAAUUUUCCGUAAAGGUGGGGGAGGGGGCGCCACCCCCCAGCCCCAUCAAGAUUUCCGCCACUGGUUGCAUUUGUCCUACCCUAACCCAUGGCCCGUCUUCAUACAGCGAAAUAAUUUGAACACAGCUAGUUUUUUAAGAACUUGUCUGGGGGGUGGGGCAUCUACAAAAAGGGACCAUUAUAUACCGAGUGUGGAGUGAAGACAGAUGGUUGUUGCUGACAAAACGUUUGGUGUGGUAUCGUGUGUACUAGUGGGUGGGUCUGGGGGAAUUCUCCCCCAGAACAUUGUUUGUACUUUUGCGCCCCUAGGACCGAAAUGUGAGCAUAAAUUCUGAAACAAAUUUUUGGAUAUACAGCGUCACAUUUUGCUUUAAUAGGCUGAAUCUGAUCAGUUAAGUACUUGCAUGGUAUGUUUAUGUAAAUACCACAACUGGGUCAGAUACUCAGGGGGUAGGAAGCUUGUUAAUAAACUUAGUGGGCCCGAUUCCCACGAGGCGCUAAUACCAUGGUUGGUGCAGAGCAGGGAAAUUUUUAAAAUUUUCGAGUCUCUAGAUAGUCGGAAAUGGCAUUUUCAGGGUCGUCUUUACCACUUUGGCAUUAUGAUUUGUGAAUCUAAGCUAUUUGUGAUUAUAGAAAUCAGAAAUCUAGAAAUGGUAUUUAAGUUUAAAAAUUUUUUUGACCCCCCUUUUUUAGGUUAAAACUUUUUUACCCCACCCCUAUUUAUAAGGGAAAAACUUUGUUUGCCACACACCCCCAUUUACCAACUCCUCCCCCUCCCUAUAAUGACCACUUCCUAAAUAAUUAUUAAACCAUUAAUGUGUAUAUUUGUGCCGCAUGCGUCUUUAGCACAGUGCGUUUUUAAGGAUUCUUCAGUGGUGGGGCAAAAACUGGCCCAUUUUGCCCUAAUGUUUAAAACUUGGGUCUAUGAAAUAGCAUUUCCUGUAUUCUGAGAAGACAUUUUUAAAAAAUCUCAGCUUUAAACUCAAAACACCGUUUUAAUGGUGAAAUUUGUCAAACACAACAUAAGUUUAAGUAUUACUCACGUACCAAACAAUUUUGUUUUUUAGGCUUCUUUUCAAUGUUAAACUCAUUUAAUCAAUACAGGUCCUAGGGCCCAGUGAGUGGCAAUGGGCCAUAUUCUUUUCUUGGGUGGUGGGGCAGAGGAAGAGGCCCAGUGGGGUAACUGUCCACCAGUCCAUGGUAUUAAAAAAUGCCUUGCUUUAGCAUUUAAUUAUUGUAUAUUGUAUGUCGACUAACAGCACAAUUGAUUUUACUUGUCAGUUGUCAAUGAUGCCCAAUGGAAAGGUACUGCAUGUUUACUUAAUGGUUAAGCACUACUGACUUACUUAUAACAAAUGACUUACCAGUGUAAGUCUGUGUUGGGAUUGUCUUUCCUUUGGUUGAUUCCUCUUUCCUCUUCUGUAUUAUCAAGUCUAAGCUAUCCCCAACUAUCUUUAUUAGGUGUUUAUCUUGAGGAUUAUUCAUCCACAUUUUUACAUCUGCAUCAAAGUCUUCACCCAUGAUUGAACUAUAAUUUAUGCCGGUAGAUUCGUGUGACAAACAAACUUCAAGUUUGUUGAAUCUGGUAAAUAUUAUCCCUGCAAAUGAGAUAUCAAUAUGAAAGGAUGAAUAAUUAUAUACCUACAUACACCAUACCAUAUCUUAACUUUAACACAUAUCAAGUUUGGCAACAUUCAAUGCACUUACUUAAUAAUGUUACAGUAAAAAAAUCCUUUCUGAAAGUUUGAAAGAAAAUUGAAUAAAAAAAAUCUACUCAGAAGACUGUUAUAGGAAAAUGGAGUCUGGGGUUGACAAAACUUGUACCCAGGCCUUUCUGGACCCCUAAUCUGGACCCUAUUUGCAGUGAGACCAGAUUGUAGGACACAACAGAACUUUUCGGAUUUCAAUAUCACAAUUGCAUCAUCAUAGGGAGACUUACUCCCAGGAGAUACCUUGAAGUCAAAUGCCGGGGAGGGGGGUGAUGUUUCGGGUUGAUCGAUACAUUAUAUAAUUUCAUGGUUAUUCCAAUUAGAAAUACCUUACUACACUUGUCUGGUUUUCUUGUUGUCAAAAAUGUCAACAAAUAUUGACCUACAAUUUCAUGAUAGCGAAUAAACAAUGGCUUGUGUCCGAAUAAUGGGUUACUGCUUAACUCAACAAAUGUGGGUUGGGGACGGACAAUAAGAAAAGUGAUGGGUGGGGGGGGGGCUAAAAUUAUUGUUCUGAUAAACGCAGAAAGAACAAGUAAAAGUUAAAAAUUACCAUUUGAGACAACCCUCCGUUGUGUAGUAUUAAAAAUGUCACUACUUGAGUUAAACACAGGUUCUUAUUUCUUGCUUUUGGGAGAAUACCAGCAGCCAUAGCCAUCGCCAGGGUUUUCUUCUCCAUGUUUUUGGUAGUGUUUCUAUUGCUGUCUGAAGAUACAACAGUUCUUAAAAUUUGAUAGAGUAGAUCCCCUCGUUCCUUUAAUUCUUUCUCGACAAAGUCACCGAAUUUAAAACUAACAAUGUCUCGUACUUUCUUGGAUCGUAGUAUAGAUGGGUUAUUUAAGCGGCACAAUCCAAUGCAUUGAUCUUUGAAUUCCGUCCAGAGAGAAUUAAUGCAUGAUCGUUUGAUUACAGUGUCUGGCUUUGGCUACAUCAUCGUCAGAACCUUUCAAAAGAGAAAUACCGAUAGAUUUUCGAGUGUCGUUUAAUUUUAUUGUCUCAUUCAAGCCGGUCUUGUACUUGACUGUUACAGUUAAGUUUUCCACUUGUUCAGCUGUUGGAGCCUGUACUUAAGUUACUUGGUUCACACGUCUCGGGACUAUAGAUACGAGUUGCCGCGGCCAAAUACAUGGAUAAGGUAAAACAACGGGGUUGGGGGGGGGGGGGGGGUUAUUUGAGCGUGUUUAACAUCUGAGACCUGGAUUUAUGUAGCAAAAUGAACUUGUUUCAAUUUUUCCGUAAGUGUUUCUUCUGUCAUUUUACUGACUGCUACAGUGUGUCAAGCCGCUACUGAGAGGAUGAAAACCAUGGAUUAAAAGAGGUCGAGAUUAAUACAAUGCUGCUGAGUUACCUACGAAGAGACAUGUUCUGGCUUCAAUUAUGUGUUUAGAGCUAUGAAAAUGACCUUACUUUUUAAUAUAUAUAAUUAAUAGUGCGAAUAAUACUUGUCGCUAAUUGGCUGCAAGCUAACACAAACACACUUACACACGCAAUAGCAAUAUAUGUGAAUGCGUAAGCGCAUGCAGGUACGAGAUGUACAAUAAAAAUUUAGAUUCCAAAAUCAUGCGCCAAUCUUUAUAAAAAUUUAAACCUACUUUCGCGUAUAAAACAUGGUUUACUUUUGAAAAUAUUAUGUCUGCAUGGUUAUCCGAGCUUUCCUAAAAAUGUUCAAUUCAUAUCUCAAGAAAUUACGGCAAAGUAUUUCUCGGUCACCAUUUGUUGUCAAAACUAAUGAAGUGUUGUACGUUUUAGCAAAACCUAUGGUCUAUUUACAUGUAAAUCAAAAAUUUUUAGAACCACUGAGUAUUUUAACAAAAUACAAAACAAGUAUAACUCCAACGAUCCAUCUUUGGAGUUACACAUGUUAUAUAUAUACAUGUAGUUGUCUUGAAAACAAUUUCAAAAGCGGGCAAUGCAGAGAAAGAAUAUAGAUAUUAAUUUUGUGAGUUUAAUAAGAUUAACUUAUUAAUGAACUCCAGCUAUGUUAUAAAACGGUUGUACAAUUAUAAACCUAUUGACCUUUUGCUUCGUCCUUUGAUGUACGUCGUAUUUCUAAAACCAGUUCUAUUUUUCAGUUGCAGAAAAGUUGUGAUAACCUGUAUAAAUCAGGCAAGACAACUACUGGGGUGUAUACAAUCGAUCCGGACGGCCUGGAAGCUUUUGCUGUUCGUUGCGAUAUGGAAACCACUCCAGGGUGGGGCUGGACUGUAUUUCAAAGACGUGUAGAUGGUUCUGAGGACUUUUACAGAAACUGGACUGACUACAAAACUGGAUUUGGCAAUCUGUCUGGUGAGUUCUGGCUCGGUUUGGACAAGAUUCAUCGUCUCUCGGCCAGUGGACAUAAUGUACUGAAAAUUGAUCUCGAGAGUUUUGAGAAUAAGACAGCUUAUGCAGUUUAUCAAUUAUUUUCUGUUGGAAAUGAAAACAAGGCUUACAUUUUGAAUGUUGGUAACUACUCAGGUAAUAUUGAACAUACAGAUGUAAAUCCCUUGCAUGCUUGUUUUGGGAAAAUAAUUCUCAAAUUAACUCCGUUGAUUUACUCAUAAAUCAACUCAAAGUUGACAUUAACGUUUUAUCUAUUUGUUGUAAAGACUGGGUGUGUCAGAGAUUUCCUUGACAGCGAAUUUUAAUCGACAUUUGAGUAAA